UGCAGAUGGAUCAAAUCAAACCCAACUUUCACCAGUGGAAAACCCUGUUUAGGAAGUCAUGGGUUGCCACAGAAUCGAACUAGCUCUUGCCUUUGUCAUCUGUGCAGCACUAGCAUGCUUGUGCUAUAGUCUCCCUAGUGAGUACUCCAUAGUGGGAAGUGAAACUGCAGUGAACUUUCCAGCUGAGGAGAGAGUGGUGGAGCUCUUCAGGUUGUGGAGGGAGAAACACAGAAAGGUGUAUAAGUAUGUUGAGGAGCAUGAGAAGAGGUUUGAGAAUUUCAAGAGGAAUCUCAGGUUUGUGCUGGAGAAACACGCACAGAAAAAGGCUGCAGCUAAUAAGCAUGAUACUCAGAAAGUUGGGUUGAACAAGUUUGCUGAUUUGAGCAAUGAGGAGUUCAGGGCGAUUUAUAUGCCGAAAAAGAUCCAAAUGCCGAUCAGCAAAAAGGAGAGACUGGCGAGGAGAAUGCAGCAGCAAGAGAAAGCAGAGCUGCCGCGAGAUGCUCCUUCAAGUUUGGAUUGGAGGAAGAAGGGAAUCGUCACUCCUGUUAAGGACCAAGGCAGUUGUGGAAGUUGUUGGGCAUUUUCUUCCACUGGAGCCAUUGAAGGAAUAAACGCGCUGGUCACCGGAGACCUCAUUAGCCUUUCGGAGCAAGAACUUGUUGAUUGUGAUACUACCAACGAUGGCUGUAGUGGUGGCUACAUGGACUAUGCUUUUGAAUGGGUUAUUAGCAAUGGUGGCAUUGACACAGAAUCUGAUUAUCCUUACACCAGUACCACAGGGUUUGAUGGUACCUGCAACGUCACCAAGGAGGAAACCAGCAAAGUUGUGACCAUCGAUAGCUAUACAGAUGUUCCAGAGACAGAGGCUGGUCUUUUCAGUGCUGUGCUUCAGCAACCAAUCAGCGUUGGUAUAGAUGGCUCUACUUGGGAUUUUCAACUAUAUUCAAGUGGUAUUUAUGACGGUGAUUGCUCCGACGAUCCAAAUGAAAUUGAUCAUGCUGUUCUAAUAGUAGGAUAUGGCUCUGAAAGCGGUGAAGAUUACUGGAUUGUAAAGAAUUCAUGGGGAACUAGUUGGGGGAUAGAAGGAUACUUUUACCUCAGAAGGAACACUGAUUUGACGUAUGGGGUUUGUGCAGUCAAUGCCAUGGCUUCAUAUCCUACCAAAGAGUCAUCUGCACCCUCUCCUUAUCCAUCCCCAACUCCUCCACCACCACCUCCUACACCUGCCUCUCCACCACCACCACCACCUACCCCAGUAACACCACCACCACCACCACCCUCUCCUUCACCAAGCCAAUGCGGAGACUUUUCCUAUUGUCCGGCUGAUGAGACAUGUUGUUGCCUCUAUGAAUUCUUUGGCAACUGCUUCAUUUAUGGUUGCUGUCCAUAUGAGAAUGCAGUUUGCUGCACAGGAACUGAAUACUGCUGUCCAAGUGACUACCCCAUUUGCGAUGUCGAUGAAGGCCUGUGUCUUAAGAAUGGCAGAGACUACUUGGGAGUAGCUGCCAGGAAGAGAAAGCUUGCCAAGCACAAGUUCCCAUGGACUAAAGUCGAGGAAACCGAGAAGACAUACCAUCCUCUACAGUGGAAGAUGAACCGGUUUGCUGCAAUGCGCUGAGAAUGGGCACCGUAAUUGUUGUUCGGUGAGGAUUGAAGGUUGUUGCUACUCUUCCCUAUUUAAAUUAAUGUCAACCAGUCAUUUGUUGAUACUGCUUGAGACAGUGUACUCGUGGACAUCGAUUCAUUGAACAUAUAUGCUGUAAGAAAAAACCAGAAACGGAAACAUAUAUCAAGGGAAAAUGAUUUUCU